CUGUAUUCAGGCAGUUCUUUUGCCCUAGUUAUUAUUAAUAAAACUUUUAAAAUAAAAUAGUUAUUGAAUAUUAAUUUUAAAACUCACAGAAGCACAUGAUAAGUUCAUUGAAGGAAGAGAAACAAGUGAACUUUUCUGAAGGAUAUCUAGGUAGAAUGUGGCAUAUUGGAUUGAGAUGUAGCCUGGUUCCAAAGAUGUGGGCUAAAAAUCCUGCUUCUGACACAUCCAGGCUAUAUGAGCCUGAGCAUAUUAUUUAAAUUCUCAGUGCUUUAGGCAAUUCUCUGACUAUAAAUUGGGCUUCCCUCUACCAGUUCCUACAAUUGAAGAAUGAGUUUUGGGAUUAAGGGAUGAUGGAACUAUCUUUCAAUCUUUAGCUUAUGCAACUGAUAUAGCAUGAAAAAGUAAGCUUUUUUCACAUCUUUUGCCAUCUGAUAGAAUGUAUUUAAAGAUAAAUUCUUUCUUUUUGGGCAAUAGAAAAAAGUUGCAGAAAAAAAAUGGCCCGAGGAAAUCGUACCACUGUGACGGAAUUUGUCCUCAUGGGAUUCACAGAUCGUCCAGAGCUUCAGGUUCCCCUCUUUGUAGUGUUCCUAGCUAUUUACCUUAUCACUCUCAUUGGGAACCUUGGAAUGAUUCUCCUAAUCAAGCUUGAUUCAAGACUUCAUGUUCCCAUGUAUUAUUUUCUUAGCCACCUUGCCUUCAUUGAUCUCUGUUACUCAUCUUCCAUUGGGCCCAAGAUGCUACAAAAUUUAAUCGUGAAGAAGAAAACUAUUUCCUUCUCUGGAUGCUUCGCACAGCUGUACUUCUCGAGUGCUUUUGCCACAACAGAGUGCUUCCUCUUGGCCACUAUGGCCUAUGACCGUUACAUGGCUAUUUGCAACCCUCUGAUUUAUACAGCCAUUAUGACCAAAAGGGUAUGCAGUGAGUUGGUGAUUGGUGUCUAUACCUAUGGUUUCCUGAACUCAGUAAUACAGACUAUUCUAACUUUCCAGCUAUCCUUCUGUGAUUCCAACAUCAUCCAUCACUUCUACUGUGCAGACCCUCCCCUCCUGGCCCUGUCCUGUUCAGAUACUCACUCUAAGGAGAAACAGCUCUUGAUCUUCUCUGCUCUGAAUCUCACUAGUUCCCUUCUGACCGUUCUUGUUUCCUACAUUUGCAUCCUGGUUUCCAUCCUGAAGAUCCGUUCUUCGGAGGGUAAGUGCAAAGCCUUCUCCACGUGUGCCUCCCACCUGACCGUGGUCAUCAUAUUCUAUGGGACUCUCUUCUUCAUGUAUCUCUGGCAACCAAAAGCAGGAAAUUCCUGGAAAUACAACAAAGUGGUUUCUGUGUUUUAUAGCCUUGUCAUUCCUAUGCUAAACCCACUGAUCUAUAGCCUCAGGAAUACAGAAGUGAAGGAUACCCUGAGAAAAAUCCUGGAGGGUAAAAGAUCACAGUGAAUGCACAUGGAGAAAGUAGGUCUACAUAACAGAUUUAAUUGACACUGUGACCCCAGUUGGAUGUAAGCUCUGAGAGACCAGGAAAGCUUCAUGUUUAGAUUUGUAUCCCCAACACUUAGUACUAUUCUUUGCACUUAGUGGUUCCUAAAAAUGUUUGAUGGACAAUUUGCAGAGCAAUUGCUAAGAAAUAAGAGGACCAGUGGUAGUUGUAUCUCAGCAACCAAAAUAACAAGACCUCUGAUUCUGUAACAAGUAGUCUAUUCAGUUAUAUAGAUAAUCUCUUCUCUUCAAAAGACUCAAAGGUUUAGAGGUCCUCAAUAUAAGCAAUACCUAUUUCUUGUUAAAAAGAGAUAGUCAGAAUUGAACCCAGGACCUUAGGUCUCUAGUUCUGUGUAACUCCUGUCCGUGUCUUCCCAUAAAUCUUCCAUAGGAAAUCCACCCUUUGAGCUAGAGGGCUGCUUUUCAGAUCUCUUAAGAUUACAUGGAUCCACAUGAAGGCUUUUCUGAUGUUAUCCCUUGCUCUGUUGAUUUAUGCCUCUCACUAUUCCUUUCCCAGUUUUACAUCUCAUUUAAAAUAUUUUAAGCUAUUUCUCAAAUGUAAUUUUUGUUGACUGCCUAUUUUUGUCCACCAUGAAUC